AUGGAGAAGUGCUGCCGUAUUUGCCACGGUGGUGAGGCGCCGUCGCUCGAGUCGCUUCUCCUGGAGCCAUGCUUGUGCAGCGGAUCCGUGCGAUGGAUCCACCGCGGCUGUUUGAAGCAGUGGCAACGGCAGUGCGCCUUGACGGCAGCAAACGUUGGGGAGAUCCAGUGUGAGCUUUGCAACUUCUUUUAUGUGCAUGAGAUGGGCUUGCAGCCCGUGCGCGACGCCAUCUGUGACGAAGUUUGUCAAGUGCUGCUUUGCUGCACGCCCCUCUUGAUCAUUUUCCUGCUCAUUGCUGUGUCCACGGAGCUCUCCGUGGGGCUCACGGCCGCGGGUGCCCUGCUGGGCUUGGCAGCCGUCAUCGAUGUGGCAGCUUCCUUCUUCAGCAGCGGUUGGGGCAGUUUGGGCCCCACGCUCCGUCUUCUCCUGGGCAGGCGCAGGGGUCCCCCCACGUUCCGGACAGGUCCGGGGGAGUUUUGUUUGGUAUGCAAGAAAGAUCGCUCCCUGCGAUCAGUGCGCCGCUAG